UUUCCAAUGGGGGGAACAGAGCGUCUGUGGCUACUUGCUAGUUUAUGCCAGGUGGUCUUGCUGACCUGUGAACAGCAUUUAAACCCUGUUGAGGUUGAAGUUGUGUUUCAGUCCUUCCCUUUCACUGAAGAUCCAGACACUUACACAGUCACCUGCAUGACUGCUAGUAACCAUCUGGUGUAUGUGGAGCCCAUUCAUCAUUCAGCAUGCUCCCCUGACUGCAAAAUGUCCCUGCAAUUAGUUGAGGACCCGAGAGGAUAUAACAUCAAACUGAGUGCCAGCAGAAAUCUUAGUACUCUUCAGGCAAAGACUUUUCACUUCAUUCCAGUCCCCCAGUCUGCCCUUCAUGUAUACACCACGGCUACCACUUCUCUCCUGACGUGGAAACUUCACAGGCACCAAAGCUUAUCCACCUUGAGUCUGUUCAACAGCCACACACAACCUGUCACACACUUCCUCAACAUAAACUCAUCAGACUCUGGUUACAUGGUAAAAGGUCUCCAGCCCGGCACCCGCUUCAAAGCCAAAGUUGUGGUGACCACAUUCCUCAAACACCUUAAUAUGACCAUCAACCAGAUACUCAGCAUUGGCAUGGAAACAGCUCAGUGCCCCUCUGGUUGGUUGGCCAAUGGGAGAAGUUGCUACGCUGUGAGAAGGACCGGUUUGGCCUGGAGCAAUGCACAGCUCAGCUGCAGAAACCUGGCAGCUGGAAGUCACCUGGCUGACAUAAAUACAGAUGAAGAUCUGCUUUUUAUAUCAUCCCAUCUGCUGAGCGACAACAACCUGCUGCUGCUAUGGACCGGACUGAAUGACCAGCAGGAGGAGGGCCGUCCUCGCUGGUCUGAUGGUUCAGCCUUUAACUUAACGAACACUAUGAUGUCAUUACUGCCGGCCAAUCGGACGGACUGUUUUGCCCUUCAGAGGAAUGCCACAGGGCCGGGAUACUUUCUCACUCCUUUCUUCUGUAACAUCCCCUUACCCUUCAUCUGCCAUUACCAGAUCCCUCCAGUCCCUGCCUCUUUCUCCUUCGACCUGCUUCAGGUGACAGAGCAACAGGUAGAGCUGCGUUGGAGUGACCUCUCACUCUUAAACUCUCUAAAUAUAUCCUCUCUCGAGACAUUCCUCCAGUACCAAGAAGAGGAAGAUGGUGAAGAUGAUAUAAGGAAUUCAGAGGACAGAAAGAGGACACAGAGCCUGAGGAUUGUUAAAAAGAUUGUCAGGGUCCCCAUCUCCCUCUCCUCCAGAGGGGUAACUGUGGCAGGUUUGUCUCCGGGGAGCGUCUACUCCUUCACUCUUCGAGCCUCUUAUCCUGGCGGCUCAACCUGGAGCUUGGGUCAAACACGGACUGCACACACGAGACCUCUUCCUCCUCACAAUAUCAGUUUUGGCCCCGUUACCGUCAGUCAGAUUAGUGUCCACUGGAUGCUGACAGAUACACAAUUAAAGGAUGGAUGGAUAUUUGUGGUGCGCUAUGUGGACAUGUCUUCAGGACAAAAGAGGAUAGUUGGAAUGACCAACAUCUCCAAGUUAUCAGAGACUGGUGGGUUACAGUCAUACUCUGCUGUGAUUGGAGGGCUGGAGUCUUACAGGAAAUACACAGUUGAAGUUUACACCGUCACCCAGUAUGGGAUAGAAAGCUGUGGACAAGCGCCUGUGACUGUGCAGACUGAUCCAGGGAUGCCGCAGGAUGUGGCUCUUUCUGAGCAGGUAGUGACGUCUGUGUUUGUCACCUGGAGAGCACCACCAGGACAGGUGGAGGGGUACACGCUUGUUUUUGGCCUGCGGUCUGUGGACAGGAAGUCUUGGAUUGAGGUGCUUGUCCGGGGCACAUGUUAUGAGAUCAGGGAUUUGAUCCCGGGAUCAGACUAUGGUGUCAGCAUUCAGAGCGUGCUGGGCUCAGAAACCAGUCAGCCCGUCCUCCGAGAGUUCAGUACACGCCCAGCAGGAUUAUGCGCCCUUCAUGUAGAAAACAUGAACUCCUCCUCUGUCUCUGUGAGCUGGGACAGUGCUGUAGGAGAGUUUGACUUUCACAGAGUCACUGUGGUCAACAUGUCAGUCACAAACACACUCACCGUGCCCAGGGAGAAGCGGGUUGCCGUGUUUACAGGUCUGGCGGACGGCUGCAGCUACAACGUGAGCGCUGAGAGAGUGAGAGGGGUGAAAGCAGGGAGCGCUGCCUUUCUGACUGUGACCACAGUGCCAGCCCCUGUGCGAGGAGUGCGUAUCAUGAAUGUGUCGGCACAUGCAUUCUCGCUUCACUGGGAGCAGGCGGCGGGGUGUGUGGAUCACUACCAAGUCACCCUUCUACCGAACCAUGGAAAAGUCACAGUGCACCCUGCACAUGACGGAUAUAUUGAGGCCGAUGUGGUGAAUGUCAGUCCGGGGACACAGUACAGUGUAACGGUCUCAGCAUCCUCCUCCUCCUCCAAGAUCAGCCCCGGAGUCAGUCGCAUGAUCAACACCAACGAGAGCGUUUCUGGACCACCUUUUGGCCUAGAAGGAGAGGCCGUAGGAUCUAAUGGUAUUCUUCUCUCCUGGACAACGCCAUCUGAUGGCAAUAAUAUUGACGGAUACGUCAUAAGGUACAAGGAGGUGUGUCCCUACCCCGACCCCACAUUCACACAGGUGACCAAGUACCUGGACGUCCCAGAGACCCUGCUCACUGACUUCACCUCCGGCUCUACAUACCACAUCGAGGUAGCAGCCAUAUCUCCAGCUGGAAUAGGAGCCUUCAGCAAAUCUUUAUACAUCAAGACAGCGGAAUCCCCCCCUGGCCUGGUGACCAACUUGACAGCGUUUUCUCAGAACCACACCAAUGUGUUGGUUACCUGGUUCCUGCCGCACCGCAUCAACGGCCUCAUCACAAAGUUUGCUGUCAAGGCUAAACACGCUCGUACCGGGCAGACGGUUCGCACGCUGGAGGUCAAUGCAGAGGACAUCAUGACCGGGGCGCUGCCUCACUGCAAUGAUGCAGCCGAUAUCCUGUCCCGUGCGACUCCCAGUCCCGUGGAGAUAACAGCCUCGUCGUCACCCAUCACCCUCUCCGCCGUGCCCCCUGCAGCCGCCUGGAGUGUGCCCAUAUCAGUAGGGGUUGAUCAGCUACGCCCUUAUACCGCAUAUCUAUUUGAAGUUUCUGCCUUCACCUCUGACGGAGAGGGACAGAUAGCCUCCACUAUGGUCCGCAUGCCAGAAUCAGCCCCAGAAGACUCCCCAACAAACUUUGUUGUAUUGAAUAUGACAUCUAGAUCUAUAUCCGUGUCCUGGAGCUCUCCCAACAUCAUCACAGGAAAAAACACCUACGUUAUCUACCUUUAUGGACCUACAGGAUAUUUGUAUGAGAACAGCACAGCAGACACGCGGUUUGCUCUGACUGAUUUGAGUCCCUUCACAAGGUACACGUUGGCCGUCAGAGCCAAAGUUUCUGGAGAAGUAGGCCCAGCAGCGCAGGAUGAUGUGAUUACACCUGCAGAAGCACCCAGUGCAGUGCAGGACUUGAUAGCUGAAGCUGAGGAUUCAGUUUCAAUCCGUGUGAGUUGGAGGAUCCCUGCCCAGCCCAAUGGUCCGAUCAUACAGUACAAACUGCAUGUUCUGGUUGGCGUCACCCUGCUGCAGGACAUCACCCUCACUGCUGAAAUGAAUACAACUGAUUUGCCUGAAGAUGAGACUGUUCCCCCUGAUGUCAGUAACAAUUCCGGGCGACGUAAGAGAACAGCUGAGCUCAGUCUGAUCACAUCUCCGCCGACAUUCACUGCCACUGUCCCUGAUCGCACACUUCCCAAAGGUUCAACUGCUUCUGGCCUUACACACUCUGGACAAAGAAUUGCCGACCAAAUCACUAACACCUAUGCUCAAGUAACUGCUGCCUCCGCGGUCACCGAGGAGCCCAACACAAGUUACAUUUCUGCUUCACACUCUGACAGCACAAACACUCAAUCUUCUGACUCUGCAGUCUCUGGGACUUCUUCAUUUUCUCCUACCUCUGUGCCACCGGCUACGCCUCCACCCUGGCUGACAAAGCAAUCCCAGGCUGGAGAUCUGACCUCAGAUUCAUCACGCUUGGCCCUGACCCCAGGCCAGCUACGCUUGUUUACUCAAGAUGCAUCAAUUACAGGAACCUUUUUAACACGCAACACAGCAACUUCUGGUGCUACAGGUGUAACAAUGAGAGAGGAGGUGAUGGACGUUUUGUCUGAGGAGUUGUCUUACCUGGUGUCAGAUCUGAAUCCCUUCACCGAGUACACGUUCAGGGUCACUGCUUCCACACCAGUGGGAGAGGGUCCUGCAACAGAUAUCACUGAGAAGACCAGGGAGCAGGUCCCUAGCUCAGUGCUGGAAGUGUCCUAUCAAAACAUCAGCUCCACCUCCAUACUAGUGAGCUGGGCGCCACCGCUUAACCCCAACGGGCGGAUCACACAUUACACCGUCUACGGCCUCAAACUGCACAGUGAUCAGGCCCUGAAGUGGUCUACCAACGCUACCAGCAUAUUGAUAACAGAUCUGGACAAGUACACUGGUUAUAAGCUACGCGUAGCUGCUUCUACAGCUGUGGGAGAGAGCUCCCUGUCGGAGGAAGAUGACAUCUUUGUUUUCACCUUAGAGGACGAGCCUGACUCCCCCCCUGUGAACCUCACUGUGGUCGCCACCAGCCCCCUCGCCGCCACAUUGGCCUGGUCCGCCCCAGAGCAAGCCAAUGGGAUGAUCCAAUAUUACGAGGUCCAGUAUGAGAACGAGUCCUACUCUGAGUUACUGAACACAUCCUCAAACACAGCAACUCUGAUGAACCUGAAGCCUUUUUCCUACUACAACGUGACUGUGAGGGCGUACACCCGUUACGGCCACGGCAACCAAACGUCAGAAUCUUUGUACCUGCUGUCCGGAGAAGACGUCCCGGGCAGUCCUCCGUAUGACGUUACUUAUGAGUCGGUCAGUCCCAGCGAGGUGAACGUGACCUGGCAGCCCCCUCUGCUGCCAAACGGGAUCAUUACCCACUACAGCCUGCAGCUGUGGAACUCCAGCCACUACCUGAACCUCACCUCCCCUACCAACUACAUCCACAUCACACAUCUGAGGAAGUACGCCAACUACCGCGUCAUGGUGCAAGCACACACACGCGUUGGGCUUGGGAACUACAGCAGUGAUCCGCUGAACAUCACUACACUGGAGGAUGCCCCAAACACAGCUCCUCAGUUUCUCCUCGCCAGGAAGUUGUCAGAUUAUGAGGUAGAGUUGUCAUGGCAACCACCGCACGAAGCCAAUUCAGACAUACUCUACUACAAAGUCAGAGUUUGGAAUGAAACGACUGAGCUGUGGCAGAAUGUCACGGGGACGUCAGUGGUUAUUAAUGUAGACUCAGAGAGCCGCUACAACGUCUCUGUCUCCAGCUGGACCCGACUGGGAGAUGGAGGAGUGCUGAUCUACAUCAGCUUCACCACCACUGAUGCAGAACCAUUUGACCCCCCGCAGAAUGUGACUUUUGCAAAUGUGACCGCCUCCUCCGUCGCCUUGCUGUGGCACCCGCCUACUGAACCUAAUGGACUCAUUGUACACUACUCUAUAUACUACUCUUAUAACGACACUGUGGCUGAGCAGAGGGUUCCAGUGUCAGACCUACCUGAGCCGGCCUCUCCUGAUUCAGCCCUCUACUUCACUCUGACCCGGCUGAUUGGAGGCACAAACUACACACUGUGGAUGACCUCUAGCACAGUGCAGGGGGACGGGGGGGUCCAGAGCGAGCCACUUGUCCUGUUCUUACCUGAGGACGUGCCAAGUGACUCAGUGAAAAACCUGACCGCUCAGAUCUUCAGCUCCACUGCCAUCAUCGUCAGCUGGGACCCUCCCCUGGAGCCCAACGGCCGUCCCACCUACCUGCUCACCUUACAGGCGGCUGGCAUCUUCCCAGACCCACCCAACCAAGGGGCUCCAGCUGUCAACAAGACCAUCAAGCAUAGCACGACUGACACAAUCUUUCUGUUCACCAGAUUGAGGAAAUAUUUCCCCUAUGUGUUGACUGUUACCCCGGCAACUCGUGCUGGCGCGGCCUACAAUCAUACCAGCACGAUGUAUCUGCGAACAGAUGAUGAUAUUCCUAGUUCUGCUCCGGUGCCGGUGUCCACCAAGAAUCAGUCGUCAUCCUCUAUCGCGAUGGUCUGGCAGCGCCCUCUGGAGGCCAACGGGGAGAUAACAGAAUAUACCCUCACUCUUUUUGGCCCAGGGGGCUCCAACAUAACUCAAACCCCCAACACCUCGUUCAUCCUCAGCAACCUGCUUCCAUACACAGCUUACAACAUCACUAUUACAGCUGCUACGCGUAAAGGCUCAGGACCCCACCUGCUGCUGCAGCUGCACACCGAUGAAGGAGGCCCCAUAUCCCCCCCCCGUAACCUGACCAUAUAUAACCACACAGCGGUCUCUGUGUGGCUGAGCUGGGAGCCUCCUCUGGAGCCCAAUGGAGUGGUGAUACAGUACGGCUUCAGGAUCCGAGACCUCAUCACACACACCGUCACACACAUGAAUUCCUCUGGGCCGUCAACCAUCGAGGAUCUUUCAGGCUUCAGGCCUCAUAGCUCCUACGAGAUCAGUGUUUACAGUUACACCAGAGUGGGCCAUGGGAAUCAGUUCAGCAGCCCUGUGACCUUCACCACUAACGAGUCAGUGUCUGACGCUGUGGGGAACCUGUCUUGCUCUGGAGUUAGCUGGGAUUCAAUUCAGCUGUUUUGGGAACUUCCAAGCAACCCUAAUGGGCAGAUAAUGUUUUAUGAAAUUCUAGUGGAGGUUGACUCGCAGUCAUACACACGCCAGGUUUACACACCAGUGUACACAGUGACAGGGCUGUCUCCAGACCAGGAGUACGCUCUCACUGUGUCUGCAGUUAACUCUGCAGGACCUGGAGACGGACUGAACUGUACUGCUUCCACUCUCUCUGAAUCAGCCCCCGCUGCCCCUCGCUUCCUCACCAUCUCUCAGGUCACCCCUAACAAUGUGACACUUCAGUGGGAUGCACCGCUCUCCAUUCCCGGCCUGCUGAAAGAGUACCAUGUCAUUGCACAGCUGAUUUCCACUGUUUGCGAACCAAACACACUAACUACUGCACAGCCGGCCCCAGAGGACGAGCCGACCUCAGACUGCGUUCACUCUAAUGUCACAGUGUCGGUGAAUGCUUCGGACCACAUGGACGGGAGCCUCAGCGUCACACUCCAAUCCCUGGCUAAAUACCGAUACUACCGCUUCAAGGUGGCUGCUGUGACCAACGCUGGGGUUGGAGAAUACACACUCUGGAAAUAUGAACGCACCUUGGCUGGAAACCCUGAUGACCCUCCCCGGGACCUGAAAGUGACCCCUACCUCCAGCGGCCUUCACAUCACAUGGAACCCUCCAGCUGUUAUCUCUGGACCCACUUCCUAUCUUGUGCAGGUGGACGGUCCCGGUCUGAACUUCUCUACAGUCCGGGCUCCAGGAGAGCUGACGACCGUUGUUGUGACUGAGCUGACUGCCUUCACUCGUUACUUUGUGACGAUCACUGCCUUUACCGGUCCAUCGGAGCAUGCUGCCAGCGAUGGGAAAGCUAUCGGACCAAUUGAAUUUCAAACGCUGGAGGAGGAGCCCAAGGACCCUCCCAAGAACGUUGUAGUAUCAGUUGUCCCAGAGUUAGUGAACCAAGUGAAGGUGACUUUUACCCCUCCAGAGGAGCCCAAUGGAAACAUUACAUCGUACUUUGUGUACAUCUACGAAAAGGACCAACUAGUCAAGAACAUCAGCCUUAAUAUCACCCACAGAGACCAAAACACGAUGACUGCUGUCAUUGAGGGUCUGAAGGGAGGACACAGCUACAGCAUACAGAUUUCAGCUAAGAACGGGGCAGGUCUGAGCCCACCCAGCUCUCAAGUCCGUAUAACUACAGGGAUCACAGCUCCGGCCAAGCCAACGCAAAGACCCCAGGCAGAGCUGGGCCAUGGAGAGGUUGCCAUGGUAACCCACAGGAGUAUCACCAUCCGCAUGCCUGCCUGUUUCUAUAGUGACGACAAUGGACCAAUCACAAAAAUUCAGGUCAUCGUGGCUGAGUCAGGGGUGAAGGACAUUCAGAACCUGACCAACUGGAAGAAUGCAUUCUUCCAUCGACCUGACCCUUACCUGACUGACAUGGGGUUCCCCAACCCACCGUGUCGUCUUGGGGACGGGGCGCAGCGCACGGACGCACACGUCAGAGGGGGUCGCAGUGUGUCUGCACGGGGCCCGCCCACAGUGAGGAACAAUCACACCACAGCAGGAACCUACGUGAUCGGACGGAACAAUGACUGUGUAAAGGAGAACAACACCGAUCAUUUCUGCAACGGACCUCUGAAGCCAAAAACAGUCUAUGUGUUUAAGUUCAGAGCCACUAAUAUUAAUGGCCAAUACACAGACUCAGUGUACUCGGAGCACGUCAAGACUGCAGUGGACGGGCUGUUGACCAGAGAAGAGCAGAUCAUUCUGGGUGUUUUGCUCUCCGUCACCUUGGCUGUGUUGCUCAUCAUUAUCAUCUGUGGCUCUGUCAAGAUCCAUCAGCGCAAGAAGGAGGGCGGGACUUAUUCACCCAGAGAGGCAGAGAUCAUAGAGACCAAGUGUAAACUGGAUCAGCUGAUUGCUGUGGCAGAUCUGGAACUCAAACAAGAAAAACUCAACCGGUAUUCUUCCUUCUUCUUUAGGCGGAAAGAGAUUUAUGUGAUCCAGCUGCUCAGCUACAGGAAAUCACUCAAGCCUGUCAACAAGAAGUCUUUCCUGCAGCAUGUAGAGGAUCUGUGUGCCAACGACAACUCCAAGUUCCAGGAGGAGUUUGCUGAGCUACCAAAGCUGCUGCAGGACCUGGCCACCACCGACGCUGACCUGCCCUGGAACAAAUCCAAAAACCGCUUCCCCAACAUUAAACCUUACAAUAACAACCGAGUGAAACUGCUGUCAGAGCCGGGCACUGCGGGCUCUGACUUCAUCAACGCCAGCUUUGUGUCAGGCUACCUUUGUCCAAAUGAGUUCAUAGCCACCCAGGGGCCUCUGCCGGGCACCGUGGCCGACUUUUGGAGGAUGAUCUGGGAAACAGGAACCCGCACCAUCGCCAUGCUCACACAGUGUUACGAGAAAGGGAGAAUUCGAUGUCACAAGUACUGGCCAGAGGACAAUAAGCCGAUGUCGGUGUUUAGUGACAUUCUCAUCUCAAAAGUGUCAGAGGAAGUCCUUCCUGACUGGACUGUCAGAACCCUCAAAGUAGAAAAGCAUGGGCACUACAUUCUGGUUCGCCACUUCAACUACACAUCGUGGCCUGAGCACGGAGUCCCAGAGUCCUGCAGCACGCUCAUCAAGUUUGUCCAAGCUGUCCGAGCCCACAGGCACGACAACACCACUAUAGUGAUCCACUGCAGUGCUGGUGUGGGCAGAACUGGUGUAUUUAUCGCUCUCGACCACCUCAUUCAGCACGUCAGAGAUCACGACUUUGUGGAUAUUUACGGCCUGGUGGCUGAACUUCGCAGCGAGAGGAUGUGUAUGGUACAGAAUCUGGCCCAGUACAUCUUCCUGCACCAAAGUACGCUAGAACUUCUAAACAACAAAGGCAACAGCCAGUCCAUCUGGUUUGUCAGCUAUUCUGCUCUGGAAAAGAUGGACUCCCUGGACGCUAUGGAAGGUGAUGUUGAGCUGGAAUGGGAAGAAACCACUAUGUAAAGAAUGACCGAGAGACACCUUUUCCUGGGAGAGAGUGACGCUUGUCGGGAGGCGGCCCUGUGCACAAAGGUGGACUGGACUGAUCCACUACACAAGGUUAGAGGGGGGUGCAGGAGAAACAGGAAGCGAACAGCACAGUUUAAACUGAGCGAUCUGUCAGACGACUUUGUUCCUCCACCUCAACCCACUUCUCUGCACUGUCCCCCCUUUAAUAAACCUCUUGUCCACUUGUUUUCAAAGAGAGUGAGAAACAAAAGGGAGACAGAAUUUGAGAAACGUUUGGAAGAGCGGUGAGCUGACUGAGAGCUCUAUGACAUCUGUAAUCUUACAGGCAUUUUGCACAAAUUGAUUCCACUGUGUAUUGUAAUUAUUGUACUAUGUUGAUAUCAUCUAUGUUUUUGUAAGAUAAUUUAUUCAGCCAAAAUGGUGUUUUGUUUCAAUCUCUUUGUAAAUCUGACUAUGUCGAAGAGUGGACAGUAUUUACGUUUUGUUUAUCCUUUCUCAAGAGUGAUUUGCAAAAAUAAAAGCAACUUGU